AUGCUGGGGGCAGCCCUGGGGGUCAUCGGCUGGAUCGGAGCCAUUGUCGUCUGCGCUCUCCCCAUGUGGAAAGUCACCGCCUUCAUCGGCAGCAACAUCGUCACCUCGCAGACCAUCUGGGAGGGCAUCUGGAUGAACUGUGUGGUCCAAAGCACGGGCCAAAUGCAGUGCAAGGUCUACGACUCUAUGCUAGCGUUGAGUGGGGAUCUCCAAGCAGCCAGAGCUCUUACAAUCAUGGCUAUCGUGGUGGGAAUCCUGGGAAUCUUGCUCGCCGUCGCAGGAGGCCAAUGCACCAACUGUGUGGAAGACAAGGGGGCGAAAGCUAAAGUUGGGAUCGCAGCCGGGGUUGUUUUUAUCUGCGCUGGAGUCCUGUGUCUUAUCCCGGUUUGCUGGACGGCCCACACCAUCAUUAGUGACUUCUACAACCCCAUGUUGAUCAGUGCGCAGAAGAGAGAGCUGGGAGCGGCCCUGUACAUCGGCUGGGGAGCAGCGGCUCUCAUGUUGAUCGGAGGCGGGAUGCUCUGCUGUGGUUGCCCCAAGAAAGAAGAUGAGCCAUACUCGGCGAGAUACAAUCCGGCGAGAUCAGAGGCAUCCGCUCCCAAGUCUUCCAAGGACUAUGUUUGA